AAAGCCGUAAAUUCGUAUUUUAUCAUAGUAAUUACGUCAACACGAUCCAUAGUGCUCGGUUAUAAAACAUGGAGACUACAAUGCUGUUUGGGGGCGUAGAAGGGGGAGCAACACACUCCAAUCUAGUUGUAUGCGAUGAGAACGGCAAAGUGAUCGGCAGCACGAAAGGCCCUGGCACCAACCACUGGAUGCUCACCAUACCAGGAUGUGCUGACCGAAUAAUUGCCAUGGUCAACAAGGUUAAAGACGAGAUGGGAAUACCUAGAGAUAGACCUUUGGAUUGUUUGGGCUUGACGCUAUCCGGGUGCGAGCAAGAAAGUAGCAACGCCGAAUUGGUAGCGUGUGUGAAAGAAAAAGACCCCACUUGUGCUAAGGAGAUAUAUGCUGCUUCUGAUACUGUUGGCUCGUUGUACACCGGAGCUCCAGAAGGAGGCAUGGUCGUUAUUGCCGGCACUGGAUCGAACGCACUGUUGAGGACGUCAGAUGGCGAACAGUACGGAUGUGGGGGUUGGGGACAUUUGCUAGGAGACGAAGGUGGUGCCUAUUGGAUAGCACACCGGUCAGUGAAAGCAAUCUUCGACGAUGUGGACGGCUUGGAACCAUGCUCCUAUGCCACAGACCGCGUAUGGGAGGCAAUCAAGCGGCAUUUCAACGUUGACACCAGAAUGGACCUACUACCUCAUGCAUACAAGGACUUUCAAAAGUCGCACUUUGCCGGUUUAACAGUGGAACUAGCGUGUCUGGCCUCGCAAGGUGACCGUCUUUCCCAACAGCUGUUCAUCGACGCAGGCGCAGCCCUAGCGGAUCAUAUUGUAGCUUUAUUAAGACAUUCGAAGAUGGAUCGCAUGCGAGUUGUGUGUGUUGGCUCUGUAUGGAAGAGCUGGAGUCUUCUUCAACCUGGAGUGCUGAAAAGAUUUGCUGAAAGAAAGGUGAAAACAGAGCUGGAGCUUGUCCGCCUUCGAGUUUCUAGCGCAAUGGGUGCUGCAUGGCAAGCAGCUAAACACGUUAAUCACGUUAUGCCCCGAGACGACUCUGCCUUUUGCGAAGUGUUCUACACUUACCGACCAAUGAAUGUUAUUACCAACGCUCAAGUCAAGACCUCUGGUGAAAUUACAGGCCAUUUACAGGCAUAUGAGACUUGCGGGGUUUUGGUUGCCGCUGGAGUUAUAGGUUAUGUUUCUUAUAAGGAAAAGUUAUGUGCAGCAAAAAAAAUUAAUAAUAACAUUGACUUACGCGGUAGAAGAGAGAAGUUUAAUUUUAUAGCAGACGUGGUGGCUGUUUCGGGCCCGUCUGUUGUGUAUAUAGAAAUAAAAGAUGGUAGACGUGUGGAUAUAUUUACUGGGCAACCCAUUACGCUUUCCAACGGUUCUGGGUUCAUUGUUAAAGAGGAUGGGUUAAUUUUAACAAAUGCUCAUGUUGUUGUGAAUAAACCUAAUUCUAUUGUUACUGUUAGACUAAUGGAUGGCUCCACACACACAGGCUUCGUAGAAGAUGUGGAUCUCCGGUCAGACCUGGCCACAUUGCGCAUUCCCGUCACAGGCUUACCAACCAUGAAGCUUGGAAACUCUAACGACCUGAAGCCUGGCGAGUGGGUGGUGGCGAUGGGCAGUCCUCUAGCGUUAAGCAAUACAGUGACCGCGGGAGUAGUCAGUUCCACACAGAGAGCCAGUGAAGAGUUGGGGCUAAGAGGCAAAGACAUGGUAUACAUCCAGACGGAUGCACCAAUCACGUUUGGCAACAGUGGAGGGCCGCUGGUGAACCUUGACGGUGAAGCCAUCGGCAUCAACAGUAUGAAGGUCACUUCGGGCAUCUCCUUCGCCAUUCCCAUUGAUUACGUCAAGGAAUUUCUUCGUAAGAGGAAAUCGAAGCCGCCGCAGGUGUCCCGGCGCUACCUGGGCAUCACCAUGCUGUCCCUCACGCCCAACAUCCUCAUGGAGCUGCGCAUGAGAAGCCCCGAGAUGCCAAAGGACAUCGAACACGGCAUUUUAGUGUGGAAAGUCAUUAUUGGAUCACCGGCUUACAACGGAGGCCUGCAGCCCGGCGACAUCGUGAUCAGCAUCGACGGUAAGCCGGUGUUCACGGCGCAGGACAUCUACAACGUGCUGGAGAGCACCACGGGGUCGCUCAAGAUCGAGUGCGUGCGGGGACACAAGAAAGUCCUUCUCAACGUCACUCCCGAGCUGCACUAGUUCAGGGAAUCUGCUGCAGUGACUGGCGGCUGUGUUAAAAUGUUAACUUCUUGAAUGAAAUAUUCUUUAUUACACAUUAACACUUUUACAGUCCCCCAUGUAAAGGCCGAAACCAAUCCCGUAAGUCCAACGGAAUUUGUGUGAAAUAAUAUUGGAUUUGUUUUUUACUCUCAUUUUAUGUAUAAUACCAAAUUAUCUUUAAAUUUUGAAAAAUUACACCUCUUACAAGUCCAACCAAAAUAUUUGACAUUGAAUGGACUGUGAGCGUGUUAAAAGUAUCACAGAAUAAGCCAAUAGGCGGCUUCUUGUGAUUUCUUCAGGCAAAAUUUACAAUUACUAUACACUGUCGCUAGAGACAACUGUGACUAAACUGCCAUAGAAACGUUACGAUAAAUGCAGACGGAAUGGAAUCCUGAAAGCUUGUCUGAAGUUUAGACUUCAGACUUGGUUCGGGAGUUUUUCUAACUGCAUCCGAACUGCACGUAACAGCCUGUUCCAGUUACCGAACGCUGUACAUAUAUUUCAACUGCACAAAUUAAUGUAGAUACAAAAGUUUAUGAAUAAUAAAAGUAUAUAGUCAAACCAAGCGACUCAUUCUAAAGGUCUUCUCUCAUUAUACCGCUACAGCCCGUCGUAACGAGUCACUCAAUGCGAAAUAUUCUGUACAAUAUUUAGAGACCAUUUUUUAAUGUUUCUAUUAAUCAGUAGCGAGGCAAUACGUCAAAUUAACCACAAAAUGUAGUAAAUUACUUUAAAAUUUUAUGUUAUUUGAUAAUACGUGGAAAAUGUUAGGCAAGCCGGUGGGAAUCGAGUUCUAUGGACGCCUCGCUACUGCUAUUAAUAAAUAUUUUAAUAUUUUAAAGAGCGAUUAUAGCCCAGUAGGAGAAAGGUUGCUUCACAAUUGAAAGGUCAAGGGUUUGAAUACCUGUUGCAACAUGUAUCUAUGAUUUUAAUUUCUAAGUUACAUAGAUUUUAGUAGCAACAUGAAUGUGGAAGUAGAUUCACGACUCUCGG